ACUGUUUCAGGACAAUGUUUACAGCCUUGACAAUCCUCUUGAUUUUGAAAAGCUCUUUUGCAAGUCAUAGCUACAACUCUAGUAGACUUAACGMUUAUUACGAGUUCUACAAGUUUUUAGAGGAUCUAGAAGACCACAAUGGACUUGUAAUAAGGGAAAAAGGCAAUAACCAUCCAAAGAAACCAAUAUUGUUAGUACAGAGAAAUGGGCGAGGAUUUGCUGUUACAAAGCGAAAUGAAGAAGAACGCCCUGAAUCUCCAAUUACAAGAGAGAUUUCUAAGAGCCAUUUCAAGAAACUUUACGAUAUUUUGAAACACGCAGUGAAAAAUUUGGAUGAAAGCGAAUCCAGCGAUGAUGAGGAGCAGGAGGAAGAGGAUGAGGAAAAAGAGCAGGACGACACUGGUGAAGAAGCCUCUGAUGAAGAAACGAAGCCAAAAACAUCAAAGAAAAAAGAGAAAAAGCAAGACGGAUCAACUGUUGUAAAGCUACAAGAUAAACCAAGUAAAAAGAAAGGAAAAGACGCGAAAGAAGAUGACAAAGGAAGCGAAGACUCAAAAGAAGAAGAUGCAGGAGGUGGAGGUGGAGGUUCGGUUUGUUUCAUGCCUUGUGGAGCUAAUUUUGGUGGGGGGUGUUUUAAUGCCGGGUAUUGUGGUUGUUCAGGAUGCCGAGGAUGCAUGCCAUGUGGUGGUCGAGGAUGUCUCAACCUUCCUUGUUGUCCUUGCUGUUGUGGAUCUGGAAAGAAUUUAGAGGAUGUGUGGAUGUUACCAACACUUAUCGUCAGUAAGUCAGGCCCACCUUCAGGACAAUUAUGGCUUCCCAAAUGGUUAACGUCGGCACUCGGACUUCCUCCAGGAGGAGUACCAGUAGGGGCUGCAGCAGGAGCUGCCGGAGGUGGGGCGGCAGGUGCAGGGGGUGCAGCUGGGGGAGGAGGGGCAGAAGGUGGUGCUGCUGCGGGA